UUUGGACUUGGAAAUAUGUCUGAGGCCACAUUCGGAUUGUGCGUGUUGCCUGGCUGAUGCCGCUCCCGGAUCGUGGUUCUGUGUCCGAAAUUGGAGUUAUUCGAGGUCAAACGAGCGUCUGAUGUGCGCGCGGAGUGCGAGGACAUGGGAACACCAGGAGCCUGCAGCCUCCUCUCUUACUUCAUUCUCAAUUCUCUCUUCAUGAUCUGCGCAAACGCUGCAUUUACUGAAGUCCCUAAAGAUGUAAGCGUGGGGGAGGGAGAGGACGUGGAGAUGCCCUGCGCCUUCAGGGCCGUCAGUGCGGCACCCAUGUCUCUGGAGAUCCAGUGGUGGUACCUGAAGGAGGACGUGCCUGAAGAUCUGCCCCUGGAGCUGCAGAUCAGCGCCCCGGCCAACAGAGCCAAGGUUGUACCGAGGGAAGCCACAAAAAUAAGUACGGUGCGUGUUCAGGGCAAUGCCAUCUCUCACCGCCUCAGCCUGUCCAGGGUGAAAAAGGAAGACGAGGGCGUGUACGAGUGCCGUGUGGCUGACCUGUGGGCUGACGAGACUCAGGAAUUUACGGUUCAUGCAACGCUACACGUCACGCCGGUCGACGGCAUGGUGGCAGAGGAAGCGGUGUCACACAUCCAGAACCGCUGGCCUCUGAGGAAUACCAAUCCAGCACUAGGGCUUGGAGGUGGGAGGACAACUUCGGAGCCUGGCCAGGGCCUGGCGGGAGGUCAAAGGUUAGGGCAGGGGAAGCAUCAGGUGCCUCAGCAGGCCCAGGCUGGCCUCCUCCCCUCCAUCUCCUCCACCACCACAUCAGCAGCCAAGUCAUCUGCUUCACCGCUGCCAGGAAAAGCAGCCAUCCUCUGGCAGCAGCAAGGUCCUGGCUGUGGGGUAAUGAGCACCGUGGAUCCCCUUCUUUGCAUCACUGUCUUCUUCUUGCAUAAGCUUCUUUCCCUGCUGUUGGUCCACUGAAGAGAUGGCAGGCAAACACUCUCACUCUAUAAACCAAACCAAGCAGCAGUCAGGGAACCAUGAUGGAGAAAAAGUAAUCGCAUUUAAUGGAUGUACGCUGUUGCAACACGUCAGUGCAGGGAAGAAAAGAGUUGAUGUACGUGUGGAGAACAAUGCGUCUCAAACUGCAACGACUGAAACAGUCAGAAAACUACAAAGUCGGUGAAUGAUGGAGUACAAGAGAGAAACAUUUGGGAUCUUCACUACACACAGCUCGUACAGUGUGGCCACAUGAGGCACUGCACCGGCUUCACACACGCCUGCUUUCAGAUACCACUGAGUCUUUUUUUUUGCAGCAGUUCCACUGUGAAUUCCAACAAAACACACAAUUUCAUCAUUCCUCUUUUGUUGCAUGGAUGACGUCUGAGCACCAUGUUGUGUGUAGUCUUUGGAAGAGGUAACGUGUACCAUCUGAUUAGCAUGAUCUGUUCUCAUUUGCAUAUUUUUAAUUGGCAAAGCCGACAUCGUUAUACGCCGCUACCUUUCAUCUCGACAGUGUGUUCGUCUGAUGUAUGCCAUGUCCACACUCCUCUGCACACGUGCAUAAUCUACAUGCUUCUGUUCUCAUUGUUGUGUUCUAUGUUGUAAACAACAAAUGAUAAGCUGAUAUAUUUUCAGUAAGGUGAGGCACACCUUACCGUUGUUGUUAAUCACCUCCAAUAAUUAUUAUUUUUUAUUAAUGAUGUGGUGAACAGAGUCAGACAUUUCAUUUCUAUGAGACAAAAAAAAAAUAUGUAUCGGUAUCUUGCAAACCGAUGUUCAGAUUGAAGGUUUAUUCGUUUUGUAAUAAAAGGAUAUAAAGUUGUCACAUGGUAACGGCUUUCUUU